CCCCCCCUCAGUCAAGUCUAGGAGCACUUGGUGACUCAGUGCCAUGUCAGAGACUUUGAUAACGGGGCAGUCAUCGGAGGGUUUGCUGGCAGACUUUGAGACGUUGCUGAACUCUGGGAGCAUCAACUUGGGCGAGGACCACCAGAUAGUGAUCAUCACCAGCCCCAGCAAUGAGGGGCUCCACCCGGCUGCCGCCCCCACCAGCACAGGGGAAAUCCUGCUGUUCGCCACGCCACAGGGCCCAGCCGAUGUGGGGGGCCAGGACAAGAGGCGACCCUCUCUAGGAAGACCUCCGGUGAAGAGGAAGUUGGACCUGGACAGUGACCAUCAGUAUGUCAGCACCACCCGUCCACCCACAGGUCAAGCUCCACCUUCCACGCCAGCUCCUCCAAGAGUCCCCCAACACAAGACGGAGAGGUCCCGGUAUGACACGUCCUUGAACCUGACCACCAAGCGCUUUCUGAACCUGCUCUCUCAGUCGGAUGAUGGUGUGGUGGAUCUGAACUGGGCCUCGCAGGUCCUGGACGUCCAGAAGAGACGCAUCUAUGACAUCACAAACGUCCUAGAGGGGAUCCAGCUCAUCUCCAAGAAGUCCAAGAACAACAUCCAGUGGCUUGGUAAUCGAAUUGAUGCCAGCCUGGUUUCUCGGCACAAGGAGCUGCAGAGGGAGGUGUGCGACCUCACGGAGGCCGAGGAGCAGCUGGAUGAGCUCAUUUCCAAAUGCACCCUGCAGCUCCGGCUGCUCACAGAGGACCCACAGAACAAGAAGCUGGGUUACGUGCGCUGCCAGGACCUGAGGAAAUCGUCCGACUCUCCGGAGCAGCUGGUCAUGGUGAUCAGAGCUCCGCCCGAGACUCAGAUGCAGGUUUCAGACCCCAGCGAGCUAACAGCGCGGCGUGUCUGCGUCUCCCAGGGUUACCAGGUGUCGCUCAAGAGCACGCAGGGUCCGAUAGACGUCUUCCUCUGUCCGGAAGACAGUUCUGGCGUGUGCAGCCCUGUGACAGGAAGCAGUCCCUCGAAAACCAACGCUGACACGUCCCCAGACACCCCUUCCUCAGAAACUGCAGAGCUGUUGCAGUCUAGAACGUGCACAGCUGCCCAGGAGGUGGUUGCAUCAUCGCCCGCGUCCACAUCGUCUACAGCAACGGCAGCGUCGCAGCAGGACGCUUCAUCGCUGGUGUUAGGUGGUGACACAGAAUCUCUCCUGGGGGGCGACCCGUUCUCCAGCCUCGGAGACAUCACAGACUUUGAUCUCUCGCCCCUCUCGUCCUCGGACCUCCUGAACGGAGAGGGUCUUCCCCUCCCGUUGGAAAGUUUCAUCAACCUGUCCCCUCCUCACAGCCACGAUUACCACUUCGGACUGGAGGACCAUGAAGGCAUCAGCGAACUGUUCGACUGUGACUUUGGCGACCUGUCGCACGUUUUGGGGGACGGCUAGACGA